CCGAGUGUUUUCUGUGGGUUCUUCCGUGGGGGCCGCCCGAUCAAUGGCGUGGAAUGCGGCGUGACGAUCCCGUGGCGUCUCUAACCCGGAGCGCGCCGCUCGUCAGGCGCGCCGAGGGCAGCCCUCUGGGGUCCUUGUAGCCAGCCAAGAUGGCCGCAUCCGCUCUGCGGGUUGCGCCGCAGUGGUCCGGGCUGGUCCUGAGUAUACGGCGUGCCGUGUGCAGGCUCCCAGGGCUAACCCAGGUGAGGUGUGUCCGCUAUGCUCCUGAAUUUAAAGAUCCCUUGAUUGACAAAAAUUAUUACCAGAAGCCUGUGACGGAACUCACCGAAGAGGAAAAAUAUCACCAGGAGGUCAGGACGACCCAGCUCAUCAAAGCUGCCCCAUCGACGCACACAAGCUCCGUGUUUGCAGACCCAGUCAUCAGUAAAUUCACCAACAUGAUGAUGAAAGGAGGAAAUAAAGUACUGGCCAGAUCCCUCAUGGCCCAGACUCUAGAAACUCUGAAAAGGAAGCAGUUUGAGAAGUACCAUGCUGCUUCUGUGGAGGAACAAGCAAACAUUGAACGCAACCCCUACAAGAUCUUCCACCAGGCACUGAAAAAUUGUGAGCCUGUGAUUGGGCUCGAAUCCAUCCUCAAGGGGGGCCAUUUCUACCAGGUCCCUGUGCCUCUGGUUGACCGCCGUCGCCGCUUCCUGGCCAUGAAAUGGAUGAUCACAGAAUGCCGAGAGAAUAAGCACCGGCGGACACUGAUGCCAGAGAAGCUGUCACAUGAGCUGCUAGAGGCUUUUCACAACAGGGGUCCCGUGAUCAAGAGGAAGCACAACAUGCACAAGAUGGCAGAGGCCAACCGGGCACUGGCCCACUACCGCUGGUGGUAGCCCGAAAGAAGAGGUAGAAAGCCCAGGACAUUGCUGCAAGAAACCACUUGAGCUAUUGCCCCAGUGGAAAGUACCUGUGAGUAAAGGAUGACUUUGCUUUUAAGGAUGGAGGGGCACGUGUGUAAUACAAUCUUAGGUCCCACCAGUGAACCCCUUUCAAGAUUUUCCAUACCAACUAGAAAUUGAGCGAAGUACAACUUGAAGGAAUGAUACUGCCCUUCACAGAAAUGAAGACGGGGCCACCUGCAGUCAGUUAUCUCAGGUGCAGUCGCAGGUGUGCUACAUCCACCCUUUCUUUGGGAUUAGAAUUGGUUUCCCUGCUCUACCCCCUUGUAAAGAGGGAGCAUAGCUUAGAGAUUUUCUCCAAGACACCAAGGCCCCAUCUUCUCUUUCCUCAGCCUGUGGGUUCACCUUUGGAUGCUAUGAAAGGAAGCAGUUUUGGUUUCAGAAAAGGUUUAUUAGAAAAUCCUCACCCUAGCCUGAGGAGGCACUGCUACACAUUAAACCUGACUGGAAGAAACA